AUUUAUCGUAGAUCUCAAUUACUCGGAGAGAUUGACAAAGAUGAUGAGCAUAUUGAAAUUGGUUCGUCAUCAGAUGAUCCACGAAAAAAGGGCAAGAAAAUGGCAAAAAUGGAAAUUGACGCAGAAAAUCAUUCAGAAUAUCACCCGUGUGAUCACCCUGGAAGACCUUGUGAUACAGCGUGUCCUUGUAGACAAGGCAACGUACCUUGUGAAAAGUACUGUCAUUGUGAACUAGAUUGUCCGCGGCGAUUUCCAGGAUGCAACUGUUCAGGUGCUGGGAAAUCGUGCAGCAAUAGAACAUGCGUUUGUUUUGCUAAUUACCGUGAAUGUGAUCCAGAUUUAUGCGGAUGUACAGCCUCAGAACCGACCACUGCACAAUUUAUGGGUAGACACGCGUGUAAGAAUGUAGCUAUACAAAGAGCUUUGACAAAGCGUACAAUUGUUGGAAAAUCAACCGUUGCUGGCUGGGGUCUUUUUGUAAGAGAGCCAGUCAAGAAAAACGAGUAUUUGGGAGAAUACAUUGGCGAGGUGAUUUCACAAGCUGAGGCAGAUAGACGUGGAAAAAUAUACGAUAAAAGAGGCACCAGUUUUUUAUUCAAUUUGAAUAAAG